UUAUUCUGUAAAGAGUAUGUGAUUUAAAAAUGUAAAAACAUUAACUGAUAAGGAAUAAGCAGAUAAGGAAGACGAGUAUGCGGUCUUGGUAUGACAUCCCGGGAACGAGCGUAUUUAGGGUCAGAGGUUAAAGUUGUCAGAUUUGCACAUUUUUCUCCCAGCUGUGAUUAUUUGAGUUUUCAGCGAUUUUCACCAUGUUUGUGUCCUGUGAGAAAGAACCAAACAUCCCGAAGGGAUACACACUGCUCUUGCCUGCAGUGUCCGUAGGGAACGUAGGCCAGCUAGCUGUAGACCUGAUUGUCCACACCCUGGGUAUGGAGAGGAUCGGCUACCUCCACACAGACUGCCUCCUGCCCAUGGUCGGCAACAACCCCUUCUCUACAUCACAGGAGGACGCUUCGCAGCUGGCAACGGGCACAGAGGUGUACAGAUCAGUGGAGAAGAACAUUGUUGCAGUGCAGCAGCGAGCACCCCUGGUGAGAGGCAAGCAGUGCGAGUUCAGGAGGAGGCUCCUGGAGUGGGCCAAACAGUGUGGCUUCAGCAGGGUGGUACUGCUAACCAGCAGUCAUGCGUAUGAGAGGAUAGACACACAGAUGACAGGGACCCAGCUGAGAUACCUGCUUAGUCCAGAGUUGCAGCAGUCCGUGGGGAAGGCUGUUGGUGAACUGAAGUGGACAGAGCUGGAGAGGAGGAGGCUGUACCCAGGGGUGGAGCAGAGGGACGGGGAGGAGCAGACAGGAGUGUUCAUCCCCGGGGGAGGCAUCGCCAGGAAAUUUUACCAGGAAUGCUGCGAGGCAGGUUUUCCCCUUGCCGUGCUGCUGACAUUCUGCGCGGAAGGAGACAACAUUCCCGACGCCUUCUCGUUAGCAAAUUAUCUCAACCAGUGGCUACAGUUGGUGCCAUGCAAGAAGUCUGGAGGUAAAGGAGCCACCCCCCAGGCCGAGUGGAAGAUCCCAAGUUCCUGGACUCUCCUGUUUGGCAGCGCCUAUCCCCCAGACCUGUACUGAUGCAGCUGUUCCCAACUGGGCAUCUCUUCCUUCAAUUACUCUUUAAGGCCACACCAAAUUUAUUUGCUACUUCUCAAAUUUUUUCCCAAAAACAUUUUCAAAAGGUCUGGGGUGAAUAUAUCAGGCUUAAAUAACACCAAAAAAAAAAAAAAAACAGCCUGAGGAGUUGAAUAGCAAAUUUUAUACUUUGAAUCCCUUCCUUUGAUUUGUUACUUAUGUUCUGAAUAAAAGGCAUCGUUUUCAAACUGAAAUUAUGUUUGUGUCUUUGAAUGGCAAUAUUUACAGUAUUGUGCUAGCAAAACCUUCAUUUUUUUUCUCUCUGAAAUUUUUUUUCAUGUAAAAAAAAUGGACAAGUGUAUCCGGUAAGCAACAAAUAAAAUUGGUGUGACCUAAGCUUGUGAAGCUCUGCAGGGAGGGGGGUCCCCUCCCCUAAAAUUGAUAAAGAAGCCCCCUACAUACAUGUAUUAUGCUGUACCGAUUUGUAUGUUGUGUAUUCUCUUUUCAUCCUUGAAUGUUUUUUGUAUGUACAUCAUAUGUUUAAGGCCCAUGUACACAUUGGCAUUUAGAGGAAAGCCUGCUCACCAUUAACUGAUCAAAUGUGUAAUUAGGAAAGGCUUUGCUUUUAUUAUGCCCAUGGUUGUGGAAAUCCAACAAUAAAUAUGUAUAAUACUGUU